AUGAAGGUAAAAAGCGAUGCCAGCGUCCAUUUGGGCUUUGCGAGGUUCAAGAUUCAGUCGCGGCAGAAGAGCAUGCGACUCUUGAGAUCCGUUGGAAUGAUUGACGAUAACCAGUUGACAGCUCUUGUCAAUGGACUCUGCUGUGCCGCCAUGUUCCUUAUUGUCGUCUACCAUUUUGUCGCCGUCAACGCCAAGCCUGCGAUCCAGCAGAAGUAA